UGGAAUGGAUUUUCAAAGCGCUAUGGAGACUUUUGCCGAGGCAUGGGUGGCUGCUAAUACCAAAACUGAUCCAGUACAGAGUCAGGCGUUAGCUUUGACGCACAAGGCAUCGCCACCAUCCCGGCCGUCGAGUGUAUCCCCGAUACCGCGAAGUCCACAAUCUCACCAGUCUCACCCAGCACACGCGACACUCAGUCCCACUCCACGGCCAUCAUCGGUGCAUCAUCCGCAGUUGCAUCAGGCCCCACCGGUUUCCCUCAUCGCCCCGAGUUUUCACCAACAGUCUCAGCCUCCCACCACCCAGCAGGUAUCACAAUCAUUUGGUCUUCCCCACAAUAGACAUCCGAAGCAGGAAAUCGACUCAAGUAGCCCAAAACCAGAGGGUUUUGAUCUCAGCAAAAGUUCAACGGUCGCUGGAAAGAGUCCCGUGCCAGUUCAUUGUGUGGUAGAAUCCAUUCACAGUAUAGUGGAUACACGAGUGAGUGGAGGUCGCGACAAGUGGCCAGGACCUCACCUGGAGAUUGACACCUACGUCAUCAUUCCGGCGGCUGUUCCCUUUCAGGAUUUAGUAGCUGAAGCCCUAGUUCGUCUUGGCUACGCCACAGACCUUAUCCCCAGUGCUCGCGGCAGUAUAAUCGUGAAAAACUGGCGACCUUUGCCCAUGGAGAAAGUGGCGGACGAACCAACUCGCACAGUAGCUGAAAUCUUGGCGGAGUUAACCACAGUAGCAACCCUAAAGAUUCAAAUCUACAGGUCAAGACCACCACCCCCGAGUCCAGCUGCUGAAGUUAGAGAUAAACUCCUGAGGCUUCUGCUGCUCCACAGUCAUGCACUUCUUGUCUCAGCAGGAUGUCCUCUCGAUGAGAUGACCCUGUCUUCAUUGUGCAGAGGUGGCAAUGAGCUGUCUGAGGAGACAAGACGUAGUUUCGAGGCUUGGCUACAGCAGCAGCAGCAGAUGGCUGGGCUGGGACCACCAAAUUCACUGCUGUCAUGUACUAACAAUAACCGACAAUUGCAUAAUCCGAGUCCUGGAGUGGAGUCCAGCGGCGUUGGAGGGGUUGGUCCUCACCAUCCCGCGAUGCUCCCUUACUCCCAUAAAACUAGGAUGAGAACAAGCUUCGAUCCUGAGCUGGAGUUGCCCAGGUUGCAGAGGUGGUUUGCGGAGAAUCAACAUCCCUCCAGACAGCAGAUACAGCGCUAUGUGGCGGAAUUGAACUCACUGGAGUCGAGACGAGGGAGAAAGCCACUUGACGUUAAUAACGUGGUUUAUUGGUUCAAGAAUGCUAGGGCUGCGCAGAAGAGGGCGGAAACGAGGGGGAUCAAUGGGUAUAGUCCACCUGGACUUAGUCCCAGGGGAGCUAGUAUCGCCAGUAUUGAGGAUUGCUCGGAUGAGGAGGAGGAUUCAAGGCAUCAGUCGAAUUCAGCGUCUCCUUGUCCAGCCGGAAGUCCGCCGGUAGUGGGUCCCUUAUCCUUAACGACACGUUCCGAGGAUCAGCGCCUCAUAGCCCCGACAUCAACUCCAACCUCGGCAACAACAACGUCAGCUCCGCUGGUGAAACGUGAGGAUGACGGUGCAACCAGGGUAUCAUCCGGAUCCGAUGACGAGGACUCACCAGGCGGUGUGCCAACGACUCCACUACCUCCUGGUUUCUCCCUGGUACCCAGUCCCAUGUUCGGUCACUCCAUUAUGUACAUGUCACAUUAUCUACCGACCAGAGGCGGACCUGCUGGGUGCCCGGCUAGCAUGCUCGAUGAGAGGAGAAAACGUAAUCGUACAUUCAUCGAUCCUGUUACGGAAGUACCGAGACUGGAGAAUUGGUUCGGCCACAACACUCACCCAAGUCAUGCGUUGAUCCUAAAAUACACAGAGGAGUUGAAUCGUAUGCCAUAUCGUCAAAAAUUUCCCCGCCUGGAGCCGAAGAACGUGCAAUUUUGGUUUAAAAAUCGACGCGCAAAGUGCAAGCGUCUGAAAAUGGCGCUAUUCGAGGGUGAAUCACCCCAGCCCCACCCCUACGCCCACGCAGACUAGUCGACAGUGCUACUGCCCCGAUUACUGAAGGCAUUUCUCCAAGAGAAACACUUCCAUAACCACGAAACGAGUUCAAAAAAGUGAGAUUAGAGAGCAAUUGUGCCCUCGUAGGUAACUAGUCCUGUCAACAAUCGUACGAGGAAAUAAUCAACAAAUCGAUGGAUAAUCGAUUCUAAAAAAAUGUUAAACGCUAAUAAAUAUUAAAAUUGAAGAGGCUGUACUUUAUUUGUAAUUAAAACCAAUAGCACCGAAAUGUUAUAAUAUACUAUUAUUGUCGUUAUUAGAUUUAAAUC